AUGGCUUUGGACGGUAUAAGGAUGCCAGAUGGCUGCUAUGCAGAUGGGACGUGGGAGUUAAAUGUCCAUGUGACGGACCUGAACAGAGAUGUUACCCUGAGAGUCACAGGGGAGGUGCACAUUGGAGGGGUAAUGCUGAAGUUGGUGGAAAAACUUGAUGUCAAGAAAGAUUGGUCAGAUCAUGCACUAUGGUGGGAAAAGAAGAGAACCUGGCUCCUUAAAACUCACUGGACCUUGGAUAAGUAUGGCAUACAAGCUGAUGCUAAGCUCCAGUUCACUCCUCAACACAAAUUACUCCGCCUUCAGCUUCCGAAUAUGAAGUACGUGAAGGUGAAAGUGAACUUCUCUGAUAGAGUCUUCAAAGCUGUCUCUGACAUCUGUAAGACGUUCAACAUCAGACAUCCAGAAGAACUCUCUCUCUUGAGGAAACCCAGGGAUCCAACAAAGAAAAAAAAGCGAAAGAUAGAUGACCAAAGUGAAGAUGAGGCGCUUGAACUGGAGGGACCAUUAAUCACUCCAGGAUCAGGAAGCAUAUAUUCAAGUCCGGGACUUUAUAGCAAAACCAUGACGCCCACCUAUGAUUCUCACGAUGGAAGCCCUCUGUCUCCAACUUCAGCUUGGUUUGGAGACAGUGCUUUAUCAGAAGGGAAUCCGGGUAUACUUGCUGUCAGCCAGCCAAUUACAUCCCCAGAAAUCUUAGCAAAAAUGUACAAGCCACAAGCACUUCUCGAUAAAGCCAAGAUCAACCAAGGAUGGCUGGAUUCGUCGAGAUCGCUCAUGGAACAAGAUGUGAAAGAAAAUGAGGCCUUACUGCUCCGGUUCAAGUACUACAACUUCUUUGACUUGAAUCCAAAGUACGAUGCAAUCAGAAUCAACCAGCUUUAUGAACAAUCUAAAUGGGCUAUUCUUUUAGAAGAAAUAGAAUGUACGGAAGAAGAAAUGAUGAUGUUCGCAGCAUUGCAGUACCACAUCAACAAACUAUCAAUCAUGUCAUCAGAAAAUCACUUGAACAACAGUGACAAAGAAGUUGAUGAAGUUGACGCUGCCCUGUCUGAUUUGGAAAUUACUUUAGAAGGUGGUAAAACAUCAACGACUCUGGGUGACAUCACUUCGAUUCCUGAGCUUGCCGACUACAUUAAAGUGUUCAAGCCUAAGAAACUGACGCUAAAAGGUUACAAGCAAUACUGGUGCACCUUCAAAGAUACAUCCAUUUCCUGCUAUAAAAGCAAAGAUGAAUCCAGUGGGACUCCAGCUCACCAAAUGAACUUAAGAGGGUGCGAGGUUACUCCUGAUGUAAACAUCUCUGGUCAGAAGUUUAAUAUCAAACUUCUGAUUCCAGUUGCAGAUGGUAUGAAUGAAAUCUGGCUUCGCUGUGAUAAUGAGAAGCAGUACGCACACUGGAUGGCAGCCUGCAGGCUAGCUUCCAAGGGCAAGACCAUGGCGGACAGCUCGUACAACUUAGAAGUACAGAAUAUUCUGUCAUUUCUGAAGAUGCAGCAUUUGAACCCAGAUCCACAGUUAAUCCCAGAACAAGUCACAACUGACAUUAAUCCAGAAUGUCUGGUUUCACCUCGCUACCUGAAAAAGUACAAGAACAAACAGCCAGGCUAUAUAAGAGACUUGAUCACAGCCAGGAUAUUGGAGGCCCAUCAGAAUGUAGCUCAGAUGAGUCUAAUUGAAGCCAAGAUGCGAUUUAUUCAAGCUUGGCAGUCUCUACCGGAAUUUGGCAUCACACACUUUAUUGCAAGAUUCCAAGGGGGCAAGAAAGAAGAGCUGAUUGGAAUUGCCUACAACAGACUGAUCAGAAUGGAUGCAAGCACAGGAGAUGCAAUUAAAACGUGGCGAUUCAGCAACAUGAAACAGUGGAACGUAAACUGGGAAAUAAAAAUGGUUACCGUAGAGUUUGCAGAUGAUGUAAGGGUGUCCUUCAUUUGCACUGAGGUGGAUUGCAAAGUGGUUCAUGAAUUCAUUGGUGGCUACAUCUUCUUGUCAACGCGAGCAAAGGACCAGAAUGAAAGUUUAGACGAAGAGAUGUUCUACAAACUUACCAGCGGUUGGGUGUGA